CUGUCCCGGCCGUUGGCGGCCGCGCGUGCGCGGUGUGGCGCGGGACACUGCUCAGCCGGCGCGGCGGGGAGGCCGGUGCGGGGCUGAGGUGGCGGUUGCCGGAGAGCUCAGAACUGAGUGUAAUGCGAUCAGUAUGGCAUUCUGCAUUUCUUUGACUCUGCAGACUAAUCCUGUAGUAUAUUUAGUACUUGCAAAUCCAGAUUUCCCUUCCAGCUAAACGGGAGACCAGAAAUUCACAGUUUCUGGGAUGCUUCACCAAUAUGUUGAGGUGAAGCACCAGAAUGAAAGACAUGGACAAUAUCAAAACUGUAAAGAAAGAAUGGUGUAAAUCAGGAACUGAUGAUCAGAUUUUGAAUGGUACAGAAGAAAAUUGUGAAUACUUUGUAGAUAAUCUGUUUGAAGAAGCUCAGAAGGUUGGUGCUAUAUGUGUGCCCCCCACUACAGUCAAGAACCAGGUUGAUGUAAUCAUUAAACUUUGGAAAAAUGGGUUUACAGUAAAUGAUGGUGAACUUAGGAGCUACACUGAUGUUGCAAACCAGCAGUUCUUGGACUCCAUAAAAAAAGGGGAACUGCCUUUUGAACUACGAAAACUUUUUGAUAAGGAGGAGGUAGAUGUGAAAGUUGAAGAUAAAAAAGAUAAAGUGUAUUUGUCAUCGCAAAAGCCAGUGUUUCAUCCUUUUUCUGGACACGGUUACAGAUUAGGAAGUGCUACUCCAAGGAUAAUCUCCAAAGUAAGAGAUGAUCAUCAAGGACCUGACAACAAAAGGCACCUCCCAUUAGUACCCUUAAACAAUUUGGAGCCUAUCACUAACAUCCAGAUCUGGUUAGCUGAUGGAGAAAGGAUAAUUCAGAAGUUCAAUGUUUCUCACAGUAGUAUGGUUCUGCUACAUGUACCACACACUGGAGGCAUGUUUAAUUCUAGCUCUUGGCUACAGAAACCUCAGAAUAAGCCAUGUCAGAGACUUCAUAACAAAGUAUCAAGGAUCAGAGGGAAGUGUCCCCUUCACACUGACUACUUCGCUGCCAUUUCGAGAGCUGCGAGAUGAGACGCUCACGCUAGAGGAAGCAAAGUUGCAAAACGCUGUUGUUGUUCAGAGACUUCGGAAAACAACUGAACCUUUCAGGUUCUUAGUGAUGAACACACCUGACAAGGACUAUAAAACUGCUGCUACACCCAAUGGACAGCUCAAGAAUGAGCAAAAAACCACUAUCAAAAGUACAUGAUCAAAUUAGCUUUUAACUGGCCAAAACCUGCAUGCAGGUGGAACUAGACAAAACCAAAAAUGUAACCAGCAAUAUCUGGAUGCACUCUCAUCCUCCCGUACUGUGCUCUUCGAGAGCAAAAUUUGUGCAGUGCUAUCAUUUGCUAUAAUAGAAGUAUUUUCAACUAAAUAUGGUGGUCAGAGCCUGGCUAUAUAAUGUAGCAGAGGUAACUGUAGAACAGGUCAUUCUUAGAAUUUCCUUAAGUAGAAAGCUUCUAAGUUCUUUAGUGAGUAUAUUUAGGUGGAACAGUUCUCUGAGACUGAAUUACUACUGAUAGCACCUUUUAAGGAACAAAUAGUAUUUAUUUUUGCACUUUGGACAGUGAGACUGAACUGAUUGGUUUCACUUAUAUUUUGGAGUAAGCUGCUGCAGUUUGCAUUCUUCUCACAGUAACUUUCAGGCAACAGAUGCUUCAGGGAAGCUCACAUUUGAACUCUUAUCUAACUUGAAAACCUUCAGUAUGUUCAGGAUUUAACUUCUAUCACAAGAUCUGCAGUAUAGUGUUCUGUCAGGUCUUCACAUGGUGGUAGGUGCAUGUGUGAGAAGAUAGAAAUGAGGUAGUCUGGCGCAUACUGCAUAUGAAGUGCCUCAAAGAAAGCUCUGAGGGAAUUAGUACUAGUACUAGUGGUAGAGGGGGUUUCUGCCUCUCUUGUGCUGCUACGGGUGUCUUAGAGAUUGUGAAGUUAAACUACCUAGCUCAUUAGGAUAGAAAUCCACUUUUAGCCUUGUCACAUAAAGACUUCAGCUUUUGUGGAGAUUACCAUACAGCAAUAGUGGCUUAGACAGACUUAGUUGGCUUCAUACUAUGUAUCUGCCUGUGUCCUGAGCUGAGACAAUAAUUGCAUGUGGCCAAGUUUCAAAGACGUUGAAAAUCCUUAUUUGAAAACUGAGGUUUCUUUCCCCUUCCCCUCACUCCCCCUGCCCCAUUUCCAACCAAAUUGUUUAUUUUGGUAUUCGUGUACUUGAGGCAUAAAAUUUGUAGCCAACUAUUCCAUGUUUUGCUAAAGGAGAAAUCAACAUAAAGAUUAAAUAUUUUGUACUCUGUUUGCCAAGUAGCAUGUGGGUUUGUGAAUGGAACUAGAGUCUCUAGUAAGACUUCAAAGAAAGCUGACUUGUUUGUGCUACCUAUGCAAACAGAUGAUUGUUGGGGUUGUACUUCUUUUGCAUUGUUAAAUGAAAGAUGGUUUUGGGAUUUCCUGGGUUUGUUCUCAAUAGAAAAAUUACUUAAUUGGAGUGACUUGAAUUCCAUAAAAGUACUGUUACUUCAAACUAGGGAUGUGCUUACUUCAUUACCAGAAAUGUAAAAACUGUUUUGCUUCAGCAUCUCUCCAGGUAUGUUUGAGGGCAGUGAAAUGAAAGACAACUACACAAAAACCUAUUCAGUGUAUUCAGAAAGCGAAUCUGGGAAAACUAUGCAGUUAACUGUUUUCAGUGCUAUGAACUUGAUGUGCUACUGUGUCAUUCAGGUUUAUGUAGCAAAUAAUCCAACUAAAUUUUCUUUGCUCCUGCACUUACUCCUCUACUAUAUGAAAAGCCUACCAGAUCUCUAGUAGUAGAAGACAUGUGCAGACAAAUCUACGAGUAAAAUUGAAGAGACAAGUCACAGACACAGAUCUAACCCUCAGUCUGCAGAACUUUGAGGACAGUGAUAUUUUGUUAAUCAGUGCUUUUGAAUUUGUCUUAAUGUGAAACUAUUAGAAAACAUUACAUGCUUGAUUGUAAACCUUACAUGCUUCAUUGCGAGUUCAGUUGUUCUUAUCUAAAAGGUGCCUGAAAUGUCCAAGUAUAUACAAUUCAAACUAGUCAUAGUCAAACUAGUAUAUGCUAGUAAUACACUAUUCCUGCAUUUAUAACAUAGACAUUCAAAGGAGUAAUUAGUGUAAGAUUGAUAAGAGGGGGAAGUGUCAAAUUUUGACAUAGGUAAAUCCAUUUUGCUUGUUAUCAAAAAUCAUGGUUUUGGAAAAGAGUAGUAUUUCAACACUGCUUCAUGUCUGCUACCAGUAUCGUAAGAGACUGGAUAGUUUGGCUAUAUAUUGUGCUUUUCUGAAAUUGGCUGUUUCUGGCUACAGCUUUGGUGUACUUCUGUGUAUUUGCAAUUUGAAAGUGUCAUGAUCUUAAUUACAAAAUGAGACCAGAUCUUUAAAAAAUCAAGAGUUAUGCUGACUGCACUAAUCCCUGAUAGGCUAGAAAGUGCCUUUAAAAAAAAGGCAACAAACUGCAAUUGGAUAACUUCCUAAUUUGGAGAAAAUCUUUGGAAUGAAUACAGGGCUCACCUAAAUCUAAUUGGUUUCAGUUAGUUUGUCAAGACUGAUUGGCUACCUGUGUGCCUGGACAGCCUAAAUCUCUUGCUUAGUGCUAUAGACAGCUGUUGUGCAUUGGUGUAACAACAAUAAAACUAGCCUGAUCAAUGCUUGAGUUUGUGAAACACAAA